AUGUCAGUGUAUCCACCCUGGGUCCUGGAUGGCAAUCAGCCAAACAUACACCUCUCAGAAGUAACCAACAAUCUGCCACAGCCAGUGAGGCUGAUGGGCCAUGGGACCUCUGAUAACAUGAACUGGGCUGGUCUACUGCAGAAUCUGCUGGUCGUGGUCCAUCUUCGGCAGACCGUAUGUGGUUCAAUCCAAUUUUCCAUCCCAGAGGAACUGGAGGCUGGUAUUCUGGCUGGGUCACUUAGUAAAUACUUUCCCCCUCCAUAUCAGCUCCUGACCCGGGAGUAUCUGUGGAUGGAUAAAAACACGGGGGAUUUCUACACCACUGGGCAAAAGAUGGAUCGUGAGGCCCUAUGCCCCAAAGAGACAAAAGCCGAGGGAUGCAUUAUCCUACACAAUGCUGUCGUGGGGCCCUCAGGAGACCUUAUACAGUUCUCUGUGAUCACUGAGGACAUCAAUGACAAUGCACCUCAUUUUGAAAACAGUGAAAUACACCUGACGGUGUCUGAGGACGUGACUGUAAGGUCCAGUUUUCUAUUGGAUGAUCAGGCUCAGGAUAGAGAUAGUGGACGUAACGGAGAGUUGCAGUACCACCUAGAAGGUUCUGAAGGGAUUUUCAGUUUGAAAGUUGAAGACGGCCCUGUCAUCAUGUUGGUAGUGCAAACUGUUCUGGACAGGGAGAAUCAAGACCAGUAUCGCAUGAUGCUUGUAGCCAGUGACUGCGGCACAGAGCCUUUAAGUGCUACAGCAACCCUGGUGGUCAAAGUGACAGAUGUUAACGACAACUGUCCAAGCUUUAGCUCAGAAAGUUCCAGCCGUGUCACCGUCCCCGGAGACUCCCCCAAAAACAUGGUGAUUGCUCAAGUCAAAGCCACAGAUCCAGAUUUAGGUGCAAAUGCUGCCAUCGUUUACGCCUUCAGUCCCAAAGUCUCUGAGCGGGUCAAGAAUCUCUUUAAGCUGGACAGCCACACUGGGUACAUCAGACUAAAACAGGACCUAAAGAGUGACACUGCCGAGGAGCUGGUUUUGAAAGUGUUAGCUAGUGGCCUUCACUGCUCCCCAGAAGACACUCAGGUAACUGUAUCUGUGCUCCCCAAGGCAAAUCAAGAGCCAGAGAUAAAGAUUGGGUUCAUAGUAAAGCAUCAAAACCAUACUAUGGUGUUACCAGAGAACCAGCCGCCUUCUAUCUUAGCUAUUUUAGAGCUCGGGGGUGACAGCAGCAUAAAAGAUGCAUCACUUUCCAUUGUGGGUGAAGUGCCUUUCACUUUAAGUCCCCAGAAUGGCAAAUACCUACUUUCCACAUCAAAGCCCUUAGACUACGAGAGGAAAAACGAGCAUCAUAUUUCUGUGGUGGCGCAAAGGAGAUCAGCUGAAGGGUCUGUGAUCAAGUCGACGACACAUGUCAUCAGAGUGCUGGUGGUGGAUGUCAACGAUAAUGCACCGCAUUUCCCACGUUCUCACUACGAGCUAGAGGUGGAGGAGAACAACCAGCCGGGUAUGGUACUACUGUCAGUCUCAGCUUCUGAUGCAGACAGCGGAAAUAAUGGGAGGGUGGCUUACAGGCUGAGUAAACACAUGUCUGACAUCUUCAAAAUUGACCCUGUAACAGGUCAACUUUCCGUGUUGGCUUCUCUGGACAGGGAGCAGCAGGACGUGCACAGGUUUACCUUGUUAGCACAAGACGGCGGCUCUCCGCCUUUGAAAGGAGUGGCGAAGGUAUCCAUUUUUGUUCUGGACCAGAAUGACAAUGCGCCUGUGUUUCUAACUCCUCACUUCAUCUUUUCCAUACCUGAGAAUGCGCCACCUCUCACCAAGGUGGGCAGAUUAGGGGUGAUAGAUCCAGAUGAUGGGGAGAAUGGGAAGCUAGAGUUGCAUGUGUUAAGCAGCAGCGGACAUUUUGUAGUGGAUAACGGCCAACAGACAUUACGCACCGCAAAAAAAUUGGACAGAGAGGAAGAGGACCACUACGAGCUACAACUGCUGGCUUGUGAUCACGGUCACCCAAUUGCUUUGACCUCCACUGCCCGAAUAACUAUUUUUGUGGAGGACAUUAAUGAUAACCAGCCAAAAGUGAUCAUUCCCAACAGUAACCUCUCAUGUCUGGUUGUCUCUCCAGGAACAGCCCCUGGCAGCAUGGUAACAAAGAUCUAUGCCUUAGAUGAGGACUCAGGGCUAAAUUCAGAGAUAACAUAUACAAUUGUGGUGCGAGAUCCAGCUCACAAAAAGCCUGUCCAAGUGGAUUCAAAGUCAGGAAACAUCACACUGACUCACUCACUGCUACAAAAGGACCAAGGAAUGCAUCACCUGUUCAUUAUGGUGAGUGAUGGAGGGACACCAGCUCCGCUUUACGCCACCGUCUGGGUUAAUAUAUUAGUCACCAACACCACGGAGCCUUGCCACCUGGAUAGUGUGCCCACGUCUUUGUCUUACACUCUGGCACAAACACCCCCAAAGGCGCCUAUCUGCGAGAUGAACAGCGGAGCAAACAGAUCUGCUCAGGUGAUUCUACUGGUGGGCCUGAGUAUGAUGGCAGCAUCCAUUUGUUUGCUAGUGUUAACAGUUGUUUUAUUCUUGAAACAAAAGCAAAGAAAUGCAGAGCACAGCAAGAGGGGACAUUUUGUGGAGAACGAGAUUCCACUCAGGAUCAAAGAUAAAUAUUACUCUGAUGACUAGGAAAAUAAAGAAGGCACAUUUGUACAGUGUCAA